CAGAACUAGUAGGAUUUUUACACCAUGCCACCAAAGAAGAAAGGAAAAGGAGGCAGCAAAAAAGAAAAAACUAAAAAGAGCACACCAGAAAAGGAUGAUGGACUUACAGAGAAGUACAGGAGAAGUGUCUUAGACGUGUCUGUUUUAAAGGAACACCUUGCACUGAGGAGUGGUGUGGCGCGUCAGGCCACAGCAGUGAGAGAUGAGCUGAAGAGUCAAGUAAGAGAUCUGGAGCAGCUGCUCAGUCAGGAACGAUCAGACAUGCAGGACAUCACUGCAGAUCUCAACCGUCAAUAUAAGUCCAUGGAAACAGACCUGCAAUCUAAAGCGGACAGGCUAGAAGCGAGUGUGGACUUGCUUGAGAAGCAGCUCGCUGAGUGUCAGGUUGAAUUAAAAUCGGAAAAAGAGCUGCGAGAAAACACAGAAGCAGAAAAAGACGCCAUCAUUUCUGACCUCCAGAGCAAACUGAACAGUAUGGAGCGAGAGUGUGAGAAAAUACUGCACGGCUGUCUGGACAGUUUGCUCUCUCACCUGGCAGACACGCGGAUGCAGUGGGAAGAACAGAGCACCGUCAUUCAUCAGGACGUCAAGGACAUGCUCCGAGAAUUUGGGAUAAAUCCACUUCACAUAUAAGGACACCUUCAGAUGAGCACUGAGAACAGAAAAGAAGCAGUAGCAAGACGUAUGACCUUUGACAGCUAAGCAAUGGCAUGUAUAUUGGGCUCUGGAGACUUGUAAAUGAGUCUGUAUUCUAUAAUUAGAUUACUCAACUA